AUGAAGUUAUCGAGCCGAACUGCUCCUCAAGUAUACCUGGCCCUCCAUCAACUUCAAGCGGCUUAUGCUCCACAGCAGCGACACCAGAUGAUUUAUCUGUCUUCGCUGGAUGAAGUUAUCGAGCCGAACUGCUCCUCAAAUAUACCUGGCCCUCCAUCAACUUCAAGCGGGUUAUGCUCCACAGCAGCGACGCCAGGUUGCUGUGCUUCUUGCGCGCUUCCAAUAACGGACCAGUAUUUCCUGCUCAUGAACGAUGAAAGUUGGCACUGCGAAUGCCUUCGAUGCUGCAUAUGUCGCUGCUCACUUCACGGUGCAUCCAAGUGUUAUUAUAAGGAUGGAAUGGUACUGUGUCGGAACGAUUACAUUGCGUACGAAUUUUACUUUCACUACUUAUGUCUUCGCAAGCUGGAGUUCGAAACUUCUUAA